CUGCGUUUAGAAAAUUUGAUAAGAUUGAAGCGUCGUGUUUUCGUUGAGACAGAAGAUUAAAGGAGGGAAACUUGCUUCACACAACAAAAGAUCAUAUAUCCAUAAUAUAAAAUAGUUCUAUCUAUGUUUUCGUAUCAGUAUCGAUAGUAUUUCCAUGAAUUCAACGAUUACCAUCAACGACACCGACGAAGAGGUGAUUGAUUUAGACUCAAGCCAAGAUAUUGUCAAUAUUACUGACAAUGACCAAAGUGAAUGUUCAACUGAGAAAAAUUCAUUACCGAACAACAAUGAGAAUAAGAUGAAUGUAACCAAUAAUUACAUGGAUAAUAAUAAAAAUGCAUCUACAAUGGAAACUUGUGAUAGUGAGAGUUCAUCGACACCACUUUUGAAGGUUAUGUUUCGAGAUGAAAACAUUGCAUGGCAAUAUAGUAAAAGAAUAAAAGUGUUUCUAGAGGAGUUAGUAUCUUCCAAGAUUAAAUGUCAAGAAAAUGAUAAUGGUUUAACGUUAGAAGUUUGGGAUAAUGAUACUGAUUCUAUAAGUCAAUCUAUCAAUAUUAAGACAGGGAGUGAUGAUAGUCAGGAUAUAAUAUGUGAUACAUUAUUUACUGUAGAUAAACAGCCAAGACUUGGAGAUGAAUUUGAUGUUCCAUCUUAUAGUAGGAAAUAUAUAUUAUGUGAUAAUGAGUCUGAUGAUACAAAAUCCAACUCAAGUAAAUAUCCGGGGGGUAGCUUACAAAAUGUUACGUGUUUUAAUUGUUUGGGAAAUCAUAAUGUACGAGAUUGUACAGAACCACGAAAUUAUGCUGUUAUAGAUGCAAAUCGAAAAAAUUUCAAUAUGAAAGCAAAUUCAAAAGGUGUUAGAUAUCAUUUGGGAAAUGAUUAUAGAUUUGAUCAUAUAAUCCCUGGUCAGUUAAGUAACAAUUUACGUAAUGCACUAGGUCUCAGAAGUAAUGAAUUACCUAGACAUAUAUAUAGAAUGAGGAAGCUUGGCUAUCCUCCAGGAUGGUUAGAGGAAGCACAUUUGCAACACUCUGGUUUGUCCCUAUUCAAUUCUGAUGGCAUUGCAGAAGAAGAUCCUAAUGAUGAACUAGGACAAAUUGUUGAAGAAAAAGACAGAGAUCAAUAUGACGUAAAAAAAAUAUAUGACUUUCCUGGUUUCAAUGUACCAGCUCCACCUGGUACUUGGGAUGAGGAAGGGAAAUAUUCCGUAUCAACAAUGUUGACUAUUCAUAGCAAACAAAGAAUGUUGUUAAAAUUAAAAGGAAGAAUGGCAGACGAUGGAUAUAAGAGAAAAAAACUCAAAGUUUUUAGUAAUACAUCAAAAGACAGUCCAGUGCCAGAACCUACUGAAAUGGAAAUUGAGGAUGUAGAAGAUAGUCCAGUAGAGUGUGUACCUACUAAUGGGCUGUUUAUACCACCGUUGCCACAGGACUCUCCUGUAAAACCGCCAGAACCACUAUUACCACAAGAAUCUUCUGCAAAACCAUCAGAACCAUUAUUAUUACAAUCAACAUCAAUAUCUGAGGAUUCAGAUUAUCAUUCUCAAGAAUUACAAUUUUCUGAAACAUUAGAAGAUACUACAUCGCCUUCUUUACGAGCGAAUUCUCCGUCGUUAUCCGAAUUGGAGAACAUAAAAAAGCAACUGCUUGUAGAACUCCAGAAAUCAAACUCAGAUAUUUCAUCAAAAAGCAAUUCUUCGAAUUCAGUAUCAAAAUCUGAUAUGCCACCACCUAGUAAUGAGAUUACUCCAGAAUCAAAUCGUAUCCGUCAAAAUGGAAUUAAUACAAGUUAUGGAAGUGUGAAGUCUAUUGACUUUGGUACACCUGUAUUACAGAGUACGUCUCCGUAUAACAAAUUGCCACCAUCUGAAAAAUUUUCAAAGAAUAUUUGCAAUUUAAUUAAUUUUGAGAACUUACCUGAUUCGACAGGUAAGUAUGAACAAAUGACUGGGGUUUUGCAGAAAGUAAGACAUACAUUAGCAAAGCUUCAUCAAGAAUAGUUGUAUCUCAUUACAAUUCAUGAUUGAAAAAAAUUAUCAUAUUUUAUAAAUGAGCAAUAAUUCCAUUUUCUGCGAAGGUACAGAGAUAUAAAUUUCAUUUGAUAUAUUAUAUUUCUAAUUAAAAAAAUGACAUAUAUAUGUUUAUUUGUAGUUAGUCUGAAAUAUAUGGCAUUUUUUAACAUAAAUCUUAUGUUAAGAAACGUACAAACGACAGGUUUAUUCUUUAUUGUUAUACUUAUCUUUCGGAACAAAAAAUAUACCUAAUAUAUUUUAUGCAAUUUCCGAUUUCCCCUUUUAAUCCUCAAUAAUUAAUGAACAAAUUCAAAGUUUCAUUAGCCUUUAAUCAUCAUAGAAGUCACAUUAAAAUUUUUCACAUAAUGGAUUUAUGUAGGGGGGUAAAAUCUAAUGCCUUGGUCUUUCUACUUAUAUCUGAAAAACGAAAAAGUUUAUAAUUUUAGGCAAAAUUUUAUAAUGUCUUAUUUAUAAAAAGUACAAAUACAUACUAUUUUUCUAUUAAUUAGUGGCAUUUUCUCACGUGAUACAUUGUGACUGAACAUAAACCAUUUCAUAUUCAUCAAAAAGCAUUUCAAACUUUAUUUUCUUGUGAAUUAUACUUAUCACCAUACAUUGCACAUUUCUUUUGCAUGUCCAGUUCGUUUUAAAAUUGGUAAAUAUUUUUAUUCAUUUAUGAAAAUGUACAAAUUCAAUAUAUGCAUUUAAAACAUUUAUUCUAUUAUCGUGACUAUCUAUGCACAAUUAUUUUCUUUAACAUGUUCGCUACCACGCGGCAUGUGAAACAUCUAUCGUCCUUUAGCUUUACUAGUCUUACACACUAUGCCACACAUUUUCAUUUAUGCACAUACACAAUAUACUAAACUAAAUGGACAGAGCAAACAUUAUAUGAUAUAACACAGACGUGAUACUAGUUUCUAGCUAUAAAAUUCAGAAUUUAUACAUUUUACUUAUUUAUGUGAUUUGAAAAUAAAAUAUCAUAUCUGUCACAGUGGUCUCUCAGAAUAGUAAGUACAUCAUACAUACAUACGUAUACACACACACAUAUAUCAUGGUGGUAACAAACGUGUUAAUAAAUAAUUGAAUAAUUAAUUUUCUUUACUUAUCAAUAUCUGUUGCGUGUUUUACAUGCCAUAGGUUCUAUAAACAUAGAAUUGAAAUUGAAAUUAUUGUUAAUUAAAAAAUUUAUUUCUGCUAUUUUUAUAUGAAAAAUAUCAUAUUUUUCUUUCAUUCAAGUUUUCUAAUUAGAAGGUUAAUAAUAGCAAAAAGUUUAUCAAUUCUAAAAGAUACUGUGUACAUAUGUAAAUAAGGAAAGGAAUGUCUUGUGUUUUGUAAUAAUAAUAACAAAAUACUAACAGUAGCACGUCAAUGCUAUAUUUAAAGCGUAUGUCAUUUAUUUCCCUCUCUAAAAAAUUCGAUUAUUUCUAGCAUAUUUGCAUAGUACAAAAUGUAAAUGACGUGAGAACAAAAUUUGAUUUAAAAACAAAAAUUGAAAAAUAUUACUAAAACUAUAAUUUUUAAAGCUAAUCUCUUACAUUUUCGAUGUACACGGUGUCUGAAAAUAAUUUGUCACGAGCAUCGUAGGGUUAUUCUAUUGUGAAACUCUAGCUCGGUGAGUUUACGAAAAAGGUAACGGCAAUAUUGACUUUGAUCUUGAAUUUCAAGGUCAAAUUUUUUUACUGCAUCAUAUUUUACUCGUUAUAAGGAUUAACCCUUUGCAGUCGAGAGACGAUUCUCAGUCGCUAUGGCGUUCCGUGUAGCAACUCGAAAGAAGAAUGAGAGGCGACAGUCCGUUUAUGCUAGAUUUCGAUCUCUCCAAUUGAUGAGAAUGCAGUAUUAGUUCGUAAAUAGAUUCCUUAGCUCUUUAUAUUGUUUGUUAUGAAGUGUGAAGUGUUACACUUUAAGAUGGAGAUGAAAUACUUAUGCUCAAAUUCUUCCAAAACUAUGGUUCUGGUAACGUCUCCGACGUUAGUUCAGAUUCGACGAUCGUGCCAGAAGUAUUAUAGUUUUGUAAAUUUAGAAGCUCCAAAAAAAUGGAUUUGGAAAUUUUUUUAAUUAAUUCAUAUAUUUUAUAAAAAAGCAAAAGAACGAAAGGCCACUGAACCACCUGCGAUUUAUAAAAACUUUAGUAAACCAGUUGAGAGGAGAUAUUCGAUAACCGUGAGAUCGAGCUUGGACGUCGGCUGCUAAUUGCGAUGAAAUUCUGUUAAAUGGAGAGCUCCAUGUAAUUUUAAAAAAGGAUUGUAAAGUGUGUUCUUACCGAAACAAAGCAGAAUAAAGACACAAAACAACUUAUUAUUGUGAUACUUUUCCCGACAAGCCAAGGAUGCAUUUUAGUACAUGUUUUAUAAAUAAUCGUAAAAAAGAUACAAAAAAAGUAUUAAAAAAUGAUAUGUUCAAAGAUGUAAAUAUAUAUAGAUUAUUAAAAUAUAAUGUUUUUUAAUUAAAUUUUUAAUUUUAGUUAAAUUAAUUUUUGUAUAAAAUCAUUUUAUAUUACCUACAAGACACUCGUCACAUACGCGCAAAAUCACCUCGAGUUGCUGCUAUGCCCGACCGAAAAGGCCGUCGAGUGCAAAGACUCAAAGAAACUAUGGAUCGCAAAUCACCUUCUCAGUCCUCUUGGAAAAAAAUGUUAAAGUUUCAUAAAUUUUCGAAUUCACAUUGUUUGUAAUGUACUUAUAUUUUGAAGCCAGAUGCAUUAAUCUAUUACAUUCGAAUUACAGAUUAAUCUAUGACAAAAAGAAGCAAGAGUCGAAAGAAUGAACCAGAGACGAUUUACGAAUAUUUGCAACGCAACAGUGACCUUCGCUGCGAUCAUGUUUUACUUAGAAUCGGUGCCACGAUAUAAUAAGGCAUUAUGAUUCCCUCUUCAAGCAAUGUCUUUUUCUUAUCAGCCUACGUUAUGUCAGACGCUUUACAAAAUCGACAGCUAUAUAUCAGAUAUAUAUCGGGUAUAUCAGAUAAUUACAAAUAAAGUGAAUUCUAAAGGUAAUUAACAUCUUUUUUCAAGAGAACGGUCGAGUGCGACCCAUGGUUUCUUUGAGAUUUUCGAUCCUCACGAUAUAAUAUAGAAUAGGAGUAUAGAAUACGAUGCAAUUAAAAAAUGACCCUGAAUUUCAAGGUCCAAGUCAAUUUUACAGCUACAUUUUUUUAGAUCUUCACCGAUCCAGUGGUGUAGAAUGCUAUGAUGCACGUAAUAAAUACUUUCUUAAACAAAUAGCACGUGUUGUAGCAUUUAAUAUACGUACAUUAAAUAUCCAUAAAUAUGUAAUUAGAAAAUAGUGUAUCGAUUCCGUAAGAUUACUUACCAUUACACAUAUUUUAUCUUUUUUGUGAAAUACACGUAUAUUUAUAAUAAUUUUUUGUGAUAAUUGAGUUUCGCACAUGAAGAGAUAUUAUAUAAUUACAAUACACAUUUUCUCCAAACGAUAUAAAUUACUAAUCUUAAGCAAAUGGAAAUAUAUAUUGUUAUUCAGUUGGAAAAUAAUAAUACUGUAUUUUUCAAGAAACAAAACAUUAAAACCUUACCAAUAUUCCACAUUGUUAUGACACUUUAAUCUGUUCUUUUGUUACAAAAUAAAGUAAACAAUGAAAACAAAUAUAAAAUACAAUGCAUGUUUAUUGUUACAAAUAAGACGGAGGAAUGUACAACAAUUAAAAAAGAAAUAUUUCAUUUUUCAUAUUCACUAUGCGAGCAUGGAUUACAUUAAAUUUUAUUUUUAAAUCAUUUUGUGUAUAGUAAAAUCGUUAGGAUUCAAAUAGGGCUCCAACAUAAUAGAUUAUACAGAAUAGCAUAAAUAAUGUAAUUCAACAGAAAAUAUUGGGGAUACUGUUUCCAAUGUUUAAUUUUUGUACUGAGUAACAUGAAACUGUAAUACUAUUAUAUUUAGUUUUUCAAUCAUAUUAUAAAAGAAAAAAGAUUGCCUUAAUUCAUUGUAUUGUUUUUAAUAUGUAUUGUACGCCUAUAUCCUCAGAAUCCCACAAAACUAACAAAAAGAGCAUAAAUAAACGGCAAUAUAUUUUA